ACAUUUUGUCUAAUGAGAAACGAUGAGCUUCGUCAAAUGUCAAACGCAUGUGCUGUCAUUUCACAUCAGUUUUUGAACUGUCAAAGCUGUCAACCAAUAUUCACACAGACCAGCACAACUAUUUCACAUUCAGUCAUUAGUCGUACAUUUGGAUAAACAAUUAAACCAAAAUAACAAAAUUAAUUUAUUUCGUGGAAGAUGACGAUUCAACGGUUAGUUUGUCACAAACAAUCGGUGCUUUUGUUAAAUCGUACAGUGGAUUUUGGCAAAAAUGCCGCUGCAUAUCGCGCUUUUUCGACGGAAGCAUACAAAAGCGAUGACUAUCAGUAUUUACAAAGAGGUCAAAUUCCAAUGUUACAUUUCCAAAGAUCAUUGCCACGUCUGAAAAUACCAGAAUUGCAGAAAACUUGUGACAGAUUCUUAGCAGCUGUUCAUCCACUCAGCCAAAAUAAAGCCGGCUAUGAUAAUUUUGUGAAUUUAGUGUCUCAAUUUCGUACGGUUGGUACCGGGCCAGAGUUACAGCGACUACUUCAAGAGUAUGACAAAAAGAAUAAACACACGAGCUAUAUAUCUAAACCAUGGUUUGAUAUGUACUUGAGUGACCGAAAACCAAUUUGUAUCAAUUAUAAUCCGGCGUUGGUCAUGAAACUGGACACACGACCCGAAUACAAUGAUCAUUUGACACGUACUGCCAAUUUGGUGAUAACCUCAUUACGGUUUAUGCGUUCGUUACGCGAAGAGGUUCUGGAACCCGAAGUGUAUCACAUGAACCCAAAGAAAAGUGACACUGAACGGUAUCGCAAAGUCUUGAGCCGAACGCCUGAAUUCAUUGCCACUAUCGUGUCAUGGGCUUUCAAAGCUUUUCCAUUGGACAUGAGUCAGUAUCAAGGUCUGUUUGGUGCAACGCGUAUCCCAAAGAGAGGCCAAGAUGAAAUCAAACGAACGGAAAAAUCAUCACACAUUUGUGUCAUGCGCAACGGCCAUUUUUACGCUGUUAAUGUGCUCGAUAAUGAUGGAAAUAUUGAAUCACCUCGUACAAUAACAAAUCGAUUGAAAUUCAUUUUGAAUGAUGCCGCAUCGAGCACUGCAGCCGAGUUUCCGUUAGGAGUAAUGACUGCCGAAAAUCGUGACACUUGGGCUGAUGUUCGUGAACAUUUGGAAAAAACUCACAAUGAAGCCGCUUUGGAAACAGUGGAUUCAGCCCUGUUUUUGUUAUCGUUGGAUGAUAAAGCCGAUUAUUCACCGGAGGAUCCAGUUCCAAUCGUUCAGAACAUGCUCCAUGGUGACUCAAAUGGCUUGAUUAAUCGUUGGUUCGACAAAUCUUUCUCAUUGAUUGUGUGCAAAGAUGGAAAUGCCGGCAUCAAUUUUGAACAUUCUUGGGGUGAUGGUGUUGCUGUGUUGCGUUAUUUCAAUGAGAUUUACAAAGAGACAACGACCAACCCAAUUUGCCAGCCAUCUGAUGUACACAAUAGCUUAGUCGAAGACGUUGGCGAUGAUAUUUUCAAGAUUGAAUUCAAUUUAGAUGAUAAAUCAAAAGCAGCCAUUAAGCAGGCACAGAAGAACUAUACGGACACCGUAAAUUCCCUUGAAAUGCACACUAUGAUUAAUGAUGUGAUGACAAAAGGUUUUUGCAAGAAUCAUAAAGUCAGCCCAGAUGCGGUGAUGCAGCUCGGUAUUCAGUUGGCCUAUUUCCAACAGCAUGGCGAGUAUGUUGGUACCUACGAAUCAUGCUCAACGGCUGCCUUUAGGCAUGGAAGAACAGAGACAAUUCGACCCUGUACGAUGGAAACCAAGCAGUUCUGCGAUGCCAUUUCAGGCAAAGCCGAUGUAUGGGAUCGAAAUCAACUGCGCGAAAUGGUGCUUAAAUGUUCGGCGAAGCAUGGACAAUUAAUCAAAGAAGCAGCUAUGGGUCAAGGUUUCGAUCGUCAUUUGUUUGGACUGAAAUAUAUGGCUGAACAGAACAAUAUACCGUUGGACCCGAUUUUCGAGUCAGAUGCAUAUCGCAAAUUGAAUUAUAAUAUUCUAUCCACAUCGAGCUUGUCGUCCGAUGGUUUGUUGGCUGGAAGCUUUGGUCCAGUUGUUCCUGAUGGCUAUGGCAUUGGUUACGGCGUCCAAGACACGAUGCUCGGUAUUAUUUUCACCAGUUACAAGGGAAAGAGAGAUGCCGUGGAGUUCGUUGACUGCUUGAAAGCCUCAUUCGAAACCAUACAGCGUGUUUUGCAAUACAAAAAAGGCGAUGAUUAA